GUAUGCAUCUUUUACCUCGAUAGUCAGACCCAAACUGCUUCCGGGUUUUCAUGGUCCUCUCAUAAGUGGGAAGCUCUUAAGUAAAUCAUAGAAAAUGUAUCAGAUUGGAGUUUUACAUGCACUGCGUCGUCUGUCAAAAAAUCAGCAACAGCUUGUUAGAAACAUUCAAGUCGGUAUUCGCGCGACAUCAGACAGCAAUGCCAAUAUUUACACAGAUGUCCACGCGCUCGCUGUACCAUUAAGGAGCCAGUGUCAUUCACUACAUGUCAUUCAAAGGUCGUUUUUAAAAGUAUCUGCAAAAAAGGUUCAGCCUUGCUGUGCUGUUAGAUGGUAUACGUCCACACCAGCACUCUCUGAAGAUGGAGAAUUGAUCUACACAGGAAACAUGGACAAGGCUGUCCUUGGUGUGAAAUUUUUCUCCUAUUCCAGCAGUAUGUUCAGUCUUUGUGUGAUGCCGUACGUCCUGAAAACAGGAAUUGGUGUAAACAGUUUUGCACUGCAAGUGGCCUUUUGUGGCUUUAUAGGUUUCUUCACAUUUCUGACCCCUGUUCUCCUCCAUCUGAUCACCAAAGGCUAUGUAGUACGCCUGUACCACAACAAGGACACAGAGACGUAUACGGCCAUUACUUACAAUGCCUUUCUAGUGGAAAAACGGACUGUAUUCCAUCAAAGUGAUGUCACAGUCCCAGAUGUGAGCCGGAUGUUUACCAGUUUUUAUGCCAAGAAGAAGUCCAUGCUGGUUAACCCAAUGCUGUUCGCUUUCCCCCAUGACUACAACCACCUCAUGGGCUAUGAUCAGCCCUUUACAUUUGACACAGAUGAUUUAAACAAACCAGAUAAAAGCUAGUUUCGGUGCACAGUCAAGUUGUCUGCUACUGGGAGAUCUCAAAGAUUCAAUCAUUUCAGUGGACUGUUGUAAAGUAUUGGUGUGCCAUGAAGAUAUGUGUGAUGCUGAAAGUUCUAUGAAUGUGUAAAUAAAUGGACAUAUUUACCCUA